AUGUAUAAAACCGUUGACUUCUACAUCGAUGGUCCGUCCUGCCUGUUCUCCAUCCAUCCACCAAUCCUUCUUCCAUUCUCACCACUUGGCAUCUUCAAAAUGGAGAACAAGCCUUCCGUCACCGUCGAAGAGGGCUCCCUCGCCACCAUGCCCGCUGCCCCGUCUCGCUCCUUCAUCGGCAAGGUCAAGCGCGGCGUCCGUGCGCUCGGAACUCGGGAGGCAUGGCUCGGCCACCACAACUACGCGUCAAUGUUCACGCCGACGAUUCCUUUCCUUUGCAAGCCUUCCACCGAGAGCCUACCCUUUUACUCGGUGAACCAGAGGCUGCCAAUCUUCCUCGCUCUAGUACUUGGACUGCAACACGCUUUAGCGAUGGUUGGAGGUGUAGUCACUCCUCCUCUCCUGAUCGGCGGCAGUUCAGGUGCUAACUUGGGUCAGAGCGAUACCCAGUUCCUGAUCGCGUCCACUCUGAUCUGGUGCGCUUUCGGAACCGCGCUCCAGGUUUCGCGCACUCGUCUCUUCAACACCAAGUACUACCUCGGUACCGGUAUCGUCAGCGUCACUGGUGCCAGUUUCGCCACCAUUUCGAUCGCUCUUUCGUUCUUUGCUCAGUCGUACGCCAAUGGGUACUGCCCCGUGGGAGCGGGCGGAGUUAAGCUGCCUUGUCCGAAGGCGGUGGGCGCUUUCAUGGGCACGUGCUGCUUGUGUGGGUUGAUUGCCGUCGCUAUGGCUUUCAUUCCGCCCAAAGCUAUCCGCAAGCUCUUCCCGCCUCUGAUCGUCGGUAUGAUGCUCGCGCUCAUCGGUGCAUCGCUCGUCAAGUCGGGCAUCACCAAUUGGGCAGGAGGCAGUGCUCCGUGCAGCACAAACCAUGCCAUCAAGUGUACGAUUGGAAAGCAGAGCCAGUACUGGGGAUCCGCUCCUCUCAUCGGUCUCGGAUUCGUCUCCUUCGCCACCAUCAUCCUCUGUGAGAUCUUCGGAAGCCCCUUCCUCAAAUCCGCUUCCGUCUUCGUCGGUCUGGUCAUGGGCAUGAUCGUCGCCGCAGCUACCGGAUACUUCAACGAGAGCACCAUCAGGAACGCACCCUCCGGAGCAUUUUUGUGGACGAAAACGUUCCCUCUCAGCAUCAAGCCCGAGCUGAUUCUGCCUCUGCUGGCCGCGUACAUCGUCAUUAUCGCCGAGACCGUCGGCAACGUCACCGCCUCGUGCGAUGCUUCUCGCCUGCCCAUGGACGGGAUCGAGUUCGAGUCGCGCAUUCAGGGUGGUAUGCUCGCCGAUUCCAUCUCCGCCACCCUCGCCGGUGUUGCCAUGGUUCCACCGCUCACCACCUUCUCCCAGAACUCCGGUGUCAUCUCCCUCACACGCAAUGCCUCGCGAACCGCCGGUUUCGUGUGCGCCGCCAUCCUCUUCCUCAUGGGUGUCAUCGGCAAGUUCUCAUCGCUCUUCGUCGCCAUGCCGGCGAGCGUCCUGGGCGGCUUCACCACCUUCCUCUUCGGCUCCGUCGCCGUCGCAGGUAUCCGCAUCAUGGCGUACGCCAAGUGGGAUCGAAGGGCCCGCUUCAUCGCCACCGCCGGCAUGUCGUUGGGUCUGGCCAGCUUGACCCAGCCCAGCUGGUUCUCGUACUUCUUCACCUACAAGGGUAGCAAUGCCGGUCUCAAGGGUCUGAUCCAGGCUAUUGUGUUGAUCGUCGAGGAGCCGUACCUCAUCUCGAGCGUCAUGGCUAUCUUCCUCAACGCUGUGCUGCCAGCAGAGAUGGAGGAAGAAGCGCACGAGACGGUCGUGGAGGACGACGCUACUUCGUCCAAAUCCGACUCCAAGGUCGACCCGGCCGCUGAGCCAGCCACUUCUCAGCUCCCGGACCUCGAGAGCGGUGAAGAGGCAAAGCGAAAGUGGAACCAGCCUGGCACAUUCUUCCCACGUUCGUAG